AUGGUUGUAGUCGGAAAAGGUAAUAUUAGAUUGCAUGCUAAUGGAAUUACACAAGUAAUCACUAAUGUGUAUUAUGUUCCUGAGUUAAAAAACAACUUGAUUAGCAUUGGACAAUUGAUAGAGAUGGGAGUUUCUGUUUUGAUUCAAAAUGGUGAAUGUCGUUACUAUCAUUCAAAGGAAGGUCUGUUUUUGCAAACGAAGAUGUCAACAAAUAGAAUGUUUUUAUUUCAUGCAACCCCGACGUCUCAAGUUUCAACAUGCUUUAAGACUGUCUCGGAAGAUGAAACACAUCUUUGGCACUGUCGUUAUGGCCAUCUAAAUUUCAAGGGACUGGAAACUCUUCAAUCUAAGAAGAUGGUAACAGGGUUGUCGAAAAUAAAGAAAAUGAAAAUUCAGAAGGUGGAGAAGAAAUGGGCUCUUCUUCAAGUAAUUUAUCAGCAGAGACUCUAG